GCGCGGCCGGGCGAGCGCGAUACGCGCCCGGGGGUGGAAUUGCGGGAUCUGCGAGAAGGCAGAAAGCCUCCGCGGGCUCCGCAUAUAGUCCCCGGAUAUGGAGGAGGAAGGCCGGGUCUAUUGUAUGAUGUUCUGACACCAGAUACAGAGAACAGUCCUUUUCACUAUCAAGUACCUGACUUCCAUAAGUGUGAGAUCUGUCUGCUGUCUUUUCCAAAAGAGACCCAGUUCCAGCGCCAUAUGAGGGAUCAUGAGCAAAAUGACAAGCCUCACCGAUGUGACCAGUGUCCAAUGUCAUUUAAUGUUGAAUUCAACUUGACACUUCAUAAAUGCACUCACAAUGGUGAAGAUCCUACGUGCCCUGUGUGCAACAAGAAAUUCUCCAGAGCAGCCAGUCUGAAAGCUCAUAUCAUGCUACAUGAGAAAGAAGAGAAUCUCAUCUGUUCAGAGUGUGGAGAUGAAUUUACUUUACAGAGUCAGCUGUCCAUACACAUGGAAGAACAUCGUCAAGAACUGGCAGGCAGUAGGAUCCACAGCUGCAAGUCAUGCAAAAAGGAAUUUGAAACUUCCUCGCUGCUAAAGGAGCAUAUGAAAUCUCAUUAUAAAAUAAGGUUAUCAAAUACCAGAUCUUAUAACAGAAAUAUUGACAGAAGUGGGUUUACCUAUUCCUGUCCUCACUGUGGAAAGACGUUCCAGAAGCCGAGUCAAUUAACACGACAUGUUAGGAUACACACAGGUGAAAGACCUUUCAAAUGCAGUGAAUGUGGAAAAGCCUUUAACCAGAAGGGGGCAUUGCAGACCCAUAUGAUCAAGCACACUGGUGAAAAACCCCAUGCUUGUGCCUUUUGUCCUGCAGCCUUUUCUCAGAAAGGCAAUCUUCAGUCACACAUACAGAGAGUUCAUUCAGAGGUGAAGAACGGCCCUACAUACAACUGUACAGAAUGUAGCUGUGUCUUCAAGAGCUUGGGUAGUUUAAAUACACAUAUCAGCAAGAUGCACAUGGGUGGUCCACAGAAUUCUGUGAGUGCUUCGACAGAUGUAUCUCAUGUUACACCGGACACUAUUACCCAGCCUUUAGCAACAUCCCCUGCUAAUCUUUUGCAACCUGUGGAUAACAAAUGGAAGAAUGCCACACAUUUUCGAUCUCCACUUCUUCAACAGACAGAAAACCAAGUGUCUUCAGCUACUGCUCAUCAGGGUCAGCAGGCGGUGACUGAUGUCAUCCAGCAGCUCCUUGAGUUAUCAGAACCAGGUCCUGUAGAAAAUAACCAGCCUCAACAACCUGGUCAACAACUCAACUUUGCAGUGGGGAUCAAUAGAGAUAUUUUGCAGCAAGCUUUAGAGAACAGUGGAUUGUCUUCAAUCCCCAUCUCUGCACAUUCUACUGACUGCAGCCAAGCUAAGACACCUGGGGCACAGGAUCAAACCCCAGAUGUGCAGACUCUCUCAAAUCAUCAGGCUGACUCUAAUAAUCCAGAACAAGAUAAGGAGCAAGAGAGUACAGAUAAACUGGAUAAAAAAGAAAAGAAGAUUAUUAAGAAAAAGUCACCAUUUUUACCUGGGUCUAUACGUGAAGAAAAUGGAAUAAGGUGGCAUGUUUGUCCAUAUUGCUCUAAAGAAUUUAAAAAGCCAAGUGAUCUAGUGCGCCACAUCCGCAUUCAUACCCACGAGAAGCCGUUCAAGUGUCCUCAGUGUUUCCGCGCCUUUGCUGUUAAGAGUACUCUAACAGCACACAUAAAAACACAUACUGGCAUUAAAGCUUUCAAGUGCCAAUUUUGUAUGAAAUGCUUUUCCACCUCAGGGAGUUUGAAAGUUCACAUUCGUCUACAUACAGGUGUUAGGCCUUUUGCUUGUCCUCACUGUGACAAAAUGUUUAGAACAUCAGGUCACCGGAAAACUCAUAUUGCUUCACAUUUCAAACAUACCGAACUAAGAAAGCUGCGACAUCAACGUAAACCUGCCAAAGUUCGAGUAGGAAAGACCAGUGUUCCAGUACCAGAUAUUCCUUUGCAAGAGCCCAUACUCAUAACUGAUUUAGGUCUGAUCCAGCCAAUCCCAAGGAAUAGCCAGGUCUUCCAAAACUAUUUUAACAAUAAUUUUGUGAAUGAUGCAGACAGACCUUACAAAUGUUUUUAUUGCCAUCGAGCCUAUAAAAAGUCUUGUCAUCUUAAACAACACAUCAGGUCACAUACUGGUGAAAAGCCGUUUAAGUGCUCUCAGUGUGGAAGGGGUUUUGUGUCAGCUGGAGUCCUGAAAGCACAUAUUAGAACACACACUGGAUUGAAAGCUUUCAAGUGUCUUAUAUGCAACGGGGCCUUCACUACUGGUGGUAGCCUCAGGCGACAUAUGGGAAUCCAUAAUGACCUUCGACCAUACAUGUGUCCAUAUUGUCAGAAAACAUUCAAAACAUCACUAAACUGUAAAAAGCACAUGAAGACUCAUAGAUACGAACUUGCACAGCAACUUCAGCAGCAUCAACAGUCUGCUUCAAUAGAUGAUUCUACAGUAGAUCAGCAGAGCAUUCAUGUUUCUACACAGAUGCAAGUUGAAAUUGAAAGUGAUGAACUACAGCAGUCAGAAGCUGUUGCAACAGAUCAGCAGGCAAUUCUAGAGUUAGACCAGCAGCCAGUAGUAGGCACGGAAGAAACAGCACUAGAUCAACAACUGGCUAAUCAGCCUUUAGAGCAAGAUGAAGAUCGAUUUGUGACAUCCCAGCAUGCUUUACAGGAAAAUAUCACUCAGUUUGAACAACAAGCUAUAACACAACAGUCAUUUGAUCAACAGGGGUUAUCACAAGGUUUUACAGUCAAUGACAGCUACAAUCAACAGACUCAAUUUCCAGCUGUACAGCAGCUGCAGGAUUCAAGCACGCUUGAAUCUCAGGCUCUUUCAACGAGUUACCAUCCACCAGCCCUUCAGGUUCCAAACACAGACACUAUUAAUGUAACUACUCGCUUGAUACAAGAUCAGCCCUCCCAAGAAGAACUUGAACUACAUACCCAGCGGCCUCAUUUUCUUGAGGAUAAUGAAGAUCAAAGCAGGCGUUCAUACAGAUGUGAGUAUUGCAACAAGGGCUUUAAGAAAUCUAGCCAUUUGAAACAGCACGUGCGAUCCCAUACUGGUGAGAAACCUUAUAAAUGCCAACUCUGUGGCCGUGGCUUUGUUUCCUCAGGAGUUCUUAAGUCACAUGAGAAGACUCAUACAGGAGUUAAAGCAUUCAGCUGUAGCAUUUGCAAUACCUCCUUCACAACUAAUGGCAGCCUUACCAGGCACAUGGCAACUCACAUGAGCAUGAAGCCUUACAAGUGCCCAUUCUGUGAUGAAAGCUUUCGAACCACUGUUAACUGCAAAAAACAUAUGAAAAAACAUCAGGCAGUCUCCUCAGCUGUAGCAGCAGCUACAGAAACAGGAGGGGGAGUUGCAUGUGUUGAAGAUGAUGAUGAAAACUCUGAAAGGACUUCCAGAAAAUCUCGUCCUGGUGUCAUAACUUUUACAGAAGAAGAAACAGCAGAACUGGCAAAGAUUAGGCCCCGAGAAAGUGCCACGGUCUCAGAAAAAGUUCUUGUCCAGUCUGCUGCAGAGAAAGACCGAAUUAGUGAAAUCAAAGAUAAGCAAGCAGAACUAGAAGCAGAGCCCAAAUAUGCCAACUGUUGCAGUUAUUGCCCCAAAAGCUUUAAAAAACCCAGUGAUUUAGUCAGGCAUGUUCGUAUCCAUACUGGAGAGAAGCCAUAUAAAUGUGAGGAAUGUGGAAAGAGUUUCACCGUAAAAUCCACCCUGGAUUGUCACGUUAAAACACACACAGGCCAGAAGCUCUUCAGUUGUCAUGUGUGCAGUAAUUCUUUUUCUACAAAAGGCAGUCUAAAGGUCCACAUGCGUCUGCAUACAGGAGCAAAGCCUUUCAAAUGUCCACACUGCGAUUUACGGUUUCGUACUUCGGGGCGCAGAAAAACCCACAUACAGUGUCAUUAUAAACCAGAGACAAAGAAAGUUAGAAAGCCUGUCACCCGUCCUGCAGCUGAAGGACUGCAGCCUGUCAGUCUUCUUAAUUCAUCCUCAACAGACCCUAAUGUUUUCAUCAUGAAUAACUCCGUUUUGACAAGUCAAUUCGAUCAGAAUUUACUUCAACAAGGGCUUGUGGGCCAGGCUAUCCUGCCUGCUUCAGUGUCAGCUGGAGGUGACUUAACUGUGUCCUUGACAGAUGGUAGCUUGGCCACUCUUGAAGGAAUACAGUUACAACUUGCUGCUAAUCUGGUUGGACAAAAUGUUCAAAUUUCUGGAAUAGACACCACCAGUAUUAACAACAUAACAUUACAGAUUGAUCCAAGUAUUCUACAGCAGACAUUACAACAGAGUAAUUUACUUGCUCAGCAACUAACUGGAGAUCCCAGUAUGGCUCCACAGAAUCCACCCCUCCAGGCAACAGAAAAUGCAGUGCCAGCUAACGUGGUUAUUCAGCCUAUAUCAGGUCUGUCUUUGCAGCCCACAGUAACAUCAUCUGCUAACAUGACCAUAGGAUCCCUGUCUGAGCAGGACUCUGUGCUGACAACUAGUGCUAGUGGUGCACAAGACAUCUCUCAAGUCAUGACUUCACAGGGUAUGGUAUCAUCUUCAAAUGGACAACACGAGAUAAUGUUGACUAUAAAUAAUUCCAGUCUGAGUCAAGUUCUAGCUCAUGCUUCAGGUUCUACUACUGCAAGCUCAUCAGGAAGUCCUCAAGAAAUCACUCUUACAAUAUCUGGCCAAGAUCUUAUUCAGCAUAAUUCUGGAAGCAGUGAUCUGAAUAGUGGCUUAAGGCUGGCAGCACCAGCCAUCAACAGUCAGACUACAGGUGCUACAUUAACUAUAAGCAAUGACCAGCUUCUUUCUCAGGGCACUUCACUAAAUGCUUCAGAACUUAAUACUACAGGUGGAACAAACCUUCCUUCAGCAACAUCCAUAUCUCAGUCUACAGUUUCUGCCCAGAAUUUGGUCAUGUCUUCAUCAGGAGUUGGAGGAGAUGGUAGUGUCACCUUGGCACUUGCUGACACUCAGGGAAUGUUGUCAGGUGGUCUUGAUGCAGUUACACUUAAUAUCACUUCACAGGGUCAGCAGUUCCCUGCUAUACUCACAGAUUCCAGUCUCGCUAGCCAAAGUGGAUCAGGCUCACAGCAAGUCAUACUAGUGAGCCAUACACCCCAUUCAGCAUCUGCAAACUCUGAUGAAAUAACAUAUCAGGUGACAGAAGUUUCUCCUAAUGUGGCCAAAAGCAGUCAAGCAGAAAAAGAAGGUCGUGUGCAUCAGUGUUUCGAGUGCAGUCAAACCUUUUCUUCAGCCACCAUGUUGAUGCACCAUAGUAAAGAGGUUCAUGGCAAGGAGAGAAUUCAUGUUUGUCACAUCUGCAAUAAAGCCUUUAAGCGAGCAACACAUCUCAAGGAACAUAUGCAAACCCAUCAGGCUGGACCUUCACUGAGUUCCCAGAAGCCUAGAGUGUUUAAGUGUGACACUUGUGAAAAAGCUUUUGCUAAGCCAAGUCAGCUGGAGAGACACAGUCGCAUUCACACAGGAGAACGGCCUUUUCAGUGUACCCUGUGUGAAAAGGCUUUCAACCAGAAGAGUGCUCUUCAAGUCCACAUGAAAAAACACACAGGAGAGAGGCCUUACAAAUGUGACUACUGUGCAAUGGGAUUUACACAGAAAAGCAAUAUGAAACUACAUAUGAAACGGGCUCAUGGUUACACUGGUCCUGUACAAGAGCCUGCUAGUCAUCAAGAACAAGAAGGGGAAGAUAUUAGUCGUGCUCUGAAUUUAGAAGAAGUGGUACAAGAAUCUUCAAGUGAAUGGCAAAGUAUAGGCAACGUUUUCCGGUGACACCUUAAAGUCUGAAAGCUAAAAACAUUUUCUGGGACUUGAAUUUCUUGGAACAAAUUUUCAGGAAAGUUAAAGUUCAGUUUUACAGUUAAAGCAUUGAAAAUAUAACAAUAGAAUAAUAUAUUCUAGUUUGGUUUUUUUUUUCAAUUACUUACAAAAAAGCCAAAACUUGUAAGAAUAAUUCCUUUUUUUUUAAGCUUGUAGGAGAAUAUUGGGAAAACAUCAUUUGUUCUGUGCUUAAGUGGUCUGUGAAUCAAUGAACUCAGGUAAUAACUGUAUCCAGUUUCAACUUCUAAUUCACAGCUGGUUUAUCUGUUGGAAAAAUAAACUGGAACUUUUUAUCAGCAUAGAAUGAUUCCCAUUUUUAAAGGAGGCAAAGAGUAACUUUGUGGAAAAACCAUGAAACAGUUGGUCAGCUUUCUUGUAUUGCGUGUUUAGAGAAAUUAUUGGGGUUGGAAACAGUGCUAUGGAUUAUGUGCAUGCAGUAUAAAAUAGUUUUGUUUGAUGGUUUAUACAGGGCACAGGAAAACUAUUUCUGUUUUAAGGGUUUGGGUUUUUUAGUACAUUUGGGGAUGUUUGUUGGAAAAAAAAUACAGAAUGCCAUGAACUUAGGGUUUUUCUUGAGUGGAACUCUUGAGAGGGAGCAUGUUCAUUUCCAUUCCAACCACAGAGGCAGUUAGUUAUUAAUUUUUACAUUAAAAGUCUGAGUUCUCAAACUCAGCAAUAGUUAUUUAAAGAGAGUCCAAACUAGAAGAGGUUCCAAUGAAAGCCUCUUCUUUUAUGUUUGCUGUAUUGGAUCAGCAGGCACAUAUCUCAGUAUCUGUGGAAAACACAGCCAUAUCCUACAUCUGGGAAGUAAACACACAACUUUGUUUUAGCAGAGCGAGUUAGAGGCACACUAGUUUAUGUACAUUAUACAGUUUUCCCUAGUGCUGGAAACAGUAAAUUCCUCAUUAUUUGCUUUCUGAAUUUUGGGAAUUUGUUCCUUUCAUGUGUCAUUUUUCAAGUCACUCUUCCAUCAAAACUACCUAGUUGGCUAAGUAAUUCUUGGAAAGGUGCCACUUGUAAACUAUAUUCACAACAAAGAAACACUGGAGUAAAACCAUAGUCAUCUUUUAGACAUUCCAAAGACAGAAGCUCUUUUCUUACUUUUACUUUGUUCUUUGCAGGUUUAUUUAUAUGAUACAUAUAUAUAGAUUAUAUAUAUGUGUGCUUGUAUGUAUAUAUAUAUAUUUAAAGUUAUAUGAGCCUCUGUGUGGCUGAUCAGUAUAUUUUGUAAAUACUAAUCCCAGUUGCAGGAAGCUCAUCUAAUUGGUUUGCCCCAAGUACUUCUAGGUCAGUGGUGGAUUUGUUGUACUAUAAUACAGAGCUGGAUUUUAAUUUGCUUUCUGAAAGAUCUUAAAAAACCUUUUUGUGUAAAUAUUGUCUAUACUUUGUCUAUGAUACAAACUAGUUAUUUCAGGUUGCUGAAGCAAGAAAUCACUGUUGGUUUUGAUAGGGCAUCUCUUAAUUCUUUUGUUAACUCUUUGUCAUAUGUAUAUAAGUAAUAUAGUUGGUGACAUGAAAAUAACACUUUUGUUAUGUGGAAUAUUUAAUUCAAAAACAUGUUAAAUAAUAUUACUUUUUUCCAAA